AUGAGUACAUUUUUUCUCUGCAACAUCGCCAGUGUUGCAUGUUGUGGAGGACUGGGCAUGUCUGACACUAUACCACUGGUAGUGGCCUUUCACGAGAUGAUACACUCCUACUUCCAUGGCACUGACGAAAAGAAGUUCCAAGUGAAGUUGUCAGGAGAUAUGAUGCUCUCUUUUCCUGCCGGCAUCGUAAAUUUGCUCACCAAUAAUCCGAACCCAGCCCAGCUCAUUUUUAAGCUCACCAACUCUUCUAGAUUGACCAAAGUGUUCCCUAACAAGCAACUUAUUAUUUGGGAUUAUGAUGAACCGUGCCUAGAAACCUUGCCCCCAUGGACUACAUUCAAAUUCAACAUGAGUGCCUUAACUGCUCUUUUGAAACGCCAGGCUGAAAAGAAUCCUACAGCUUCCUACUUCAAUGUAGACAUACUUAAGUAUCAAGUGAAACCGUUUAUAGGGGCUGCAUCUUGUCCGUUCCAACUAGUGGCUUAUUGGAAGUGCGAGAAGAACCAGACAGACAUCAGGGUAGAUUACAUGUAUAACAAGAAGGCUAUGGGAUCACCCUCCCCUCUAUUGAACCUAUCAGUGUCGGUGCCUGUAGACGGGGAUGUUUAG